AGCUGAGGAGCCAGUUGCAGCCGAAGGAAGUCAACCUAAAAGGCCUUGCCGCAUCAACUACGAAGCAAAAGCUCUGAUUGAAAAAAUCUUGACGACAAAGCCUGGAGGUGACCGUAUCAUGGCGGAGUAUGCGAAAACAAAAUCAAUUUCAGAUUCAACCAGAAGACAGUUCAUCAACAUACUUACUGCAGAGAUGACGGAAACACAUGGGACAUCUCCGCCCCGGAGUGUAAAAGUGAUGUAUGCACAGGGGAUUGUCGCUCUGUUUCCAUAUCUUGGAAGACCCAUAUUCACAGAAUGGCUAUGAACAUUACUACGAUCCAGAAAGUGGUUCAGGCUACCUUGCAUGGCGGUUGAAGACAAUUCAACGAAAAGCUGCUGAGGAAAGAGGUCCAGCAGUUAGUAAAUCUCUUAAAGUGGGUGGGCCAGGCCAUGGGCGUACUAGACCCUUUACUGCCGACAAAGUCCUGACUGACGAGGAAGUGGAAUGCGCUAUCGCUUUGUUGAGACACACUGCUGAUGAGGAGACCAUCCGUGAAAAGAUGAAAGUCACUUUCAUAUACCGCCACGCCAUGGUCAAUGAUGAUGACAAAUCAGCAGAGGUCUUCUCAGUAUUUCCACGGUUCCUAGACACACCAGGACUGAUAGAACAAGAUUUUAGACUGAUGUUUGGUGAGCAGACUGCCAACAAGUUCCUGGAGAGGUGGCCUACCACUUUCAAAGCAGGAGUCAUUAAGGAAAGCCAUGGACUGGUCCCCUCUACAGACCUUCUUGAUUUGAUGCGCAACGCUGAGACAACUACUGAAGUUGAAAAUGGCUGGGACAGUGACAUGUCUACCAUCAUACUGCUGCUACAUCUGCUACCACCAUCUGCACAGGGACGAAAGAGGCCAGGGAGGAUAUCAGCAUCUAAUGCAGUUGAUCACCUCAUCAAAUUCCUAAAGACGGGAACAAGCGUGCAGCAGCAUCUGGACAACAUCGCUCAAAGCAGGCAGCCCUACCUCCUUGCUCAGGGACCCAUAAAAAGCAGCAUUCACUCUUUCUUCAUUGCCAUCGACAAGCAUGCACUUCCCUGCCAAGCCACCACCUCAGUCGGAGCCCUGGAUGAGCUCUUCAAGGCCCACUAUGUGUUUGGUACAUCUUACAGUCCUGUCUUGAACAACUUUUUCACUUUUCUGCAAACUUCCAUUUUCAACAUUGACGUGGGGAAAACUAAGGAAACGCCAAGAAUUGCAGAGUUGCGAGUAAGAAUGGUGCGUUAG